AUGGUUACUCCGUUUUUGAUUCUCCAGGUCAUCACCAAAAAGGCUUUCAUCCAUGCCACUUGCAAUCAUAACUCUACCUUGCUAGAUCUUGGGGUUUUACCAGCUUUUCUUUGGUCUCUGCUGCCCCCAGAAGGACUCCUGGGGCUUUGGGUUAAGGUGAAGCCCUUGAGCAUCUAUCAUCGCAUCAAAGGGCCACCAGAGUCCUCUGUCUUUGUGGCCCUCUUCCAUCAGAACAACCGUUCCUUCUCCAAGAAGGUCCUUUAUGCCCAGCAAGUUGGUUUCCAUGCUGCCAUUGUGUACAAUGUGAGUUCCCAAAUGCUGGAGGACAUGAUGCGUGAGCCAGGUGCCAAGUGGCACAUUCACAUCCCAGUUGUGUUAACUGCAGAAGAGACGUCUAAGAUCCUACGGCAUCUGCAUCGCUCUGGAAAAGUCCUUUCGGCGAUCCCGAUGCCUGACAAUUUCCAUUUCACCUGGAAAGCUGCUCCUACGACUUCCCGUCUUGAUUCCAGCAAUCCCUGCCAGUGUCUCAUCCAGCUACCUGGCUCCUGUUCACAGGUUGCAAUGCUUCACACCUGCUGGAUUUUCUGCCUUUCAGUGUCUGCCGCCUUGAUUGCCACAAUGCUCACGGAGAAGUAUCUAUCCUGGUGCAAGAAAAGAAUAAAGAGGAACCGCCGUCUUCGAGAUCACGGGAGAGAACCAGUCAGUAUUUCAUUUACUAGCUCCAAAUACCAAGAAUGUGCCAUUUGCUUGGACAGGUAUAUGGAAUACGAUAGUGUGAAAGUGCUCUCUUGUUCCCAUGCCUUUCACAGCAGAUGCAUUGAUCUCUGGCAUAUCACCCAGGCCAGAUGCAAGACCUGCCCUCUGUGCAUGCAGAAGGUGAUGGUGGUCACCCGUCUACAGGCGUUGAGGUUAUGGAAAGACGGAGCAAGAGAAAACGCUUGGACGUUGUGGGCCGGCACGGAACACACUAUAUCCAACCUGCAGCCAUGUCUGCUGCUUGCCCGGCCGCAUCCUCCCCGUUUCUGA